GGGUCGCCACAGCUUCAGUCAGAGGAUCCAGCUGUCACUCAGCAGAGACCCCCGCUCAGCCGGUGUCAGGUUGUGUGUGUCUGUGUGUGUUUGUGGCACAUCGCGGAAUCCCCGCUCCCGAUAAAUACGAGACUAAAGACCCCGCUGGAUGCAUGUGGACCUCCGGUGAUCAACAGAUCUGCAACUCCGCCGUCCGCUCCCCCUGCGAGCAAGACCGAGAUGCGGGACCCGACGGACGAAACCGGAGCGAACUGGCACGUGUGACACAUUCCUACCAGAUUCUCAGGCCCGUCUCACGAGACAUGGACCCACCAGCUCUUUGGUUCUAAUCCUCAAACUGUUCCUGGCAGCGGAGCAGCCUCAGCUUGUGCCAAAAUGACCAGACCUUUGUCUCGCGUCGCUGUAACGGAACGGGCCCGCAGGAAUUUUGGCACGGGUUUUACGCAGCAGACCACAUAGUGGAAUCGAGGCUCCUCCACCGAAGACAGACUCGUGCGGCUGACAUGGACAAAGAGAGCUCACGCGUCUCGUAGUGAUGCUUUGAGAUACGAACAACGCAACAACAAAAAAAACGCAUCAGUGAAACACGCCGCUGGUUCCUCCCAAACAAGUGGCGCCGAUCGUCAACGGCGGGAUUCAAGUUUGGACCCCACCAAGUCCACAGCGACCCUUCCCUCCCAAAAACACCAGGAUCUUCUUACAUCUUAAAGCAUCUUCACAGACUCGCACAGAGCGAGUCUGUGAACAGGUGAGAGAGGGACACUGUCUGCCCCACUGUCCAGCGACACCAUGAGCUGGAGCUUCCUCACGCGGCUGCUGGAGGAGAUCCACAACCACUCCACCUUCGUGGGGAAGCUGUGGCUCACCGUGCUCAUCGUCUUCCGCAUCGUUCUCACCGCCGUUGGGGGAGAAUCCAUCUACUACGAUGAGCAGAGCAAGUUUGUCUGCAACUCGGGCCAGCCUGGCUGCGAGAACGUCUGCUACGAUGCCUUUGCCCCUCUGUCUCACGUACGAUUCUGGGUCUUCCAGAUCAUCUUGGUGGCGAUGCCCUCUCUCAUGUACAUGGGCUACGCCAUCAACAAGAUUGCACGAUUAGAUGAAGCGAAGGGAGGAGGGGGAUCUGCUGCAGUCAGAACAGGAGGAGGUGGUUACACUCACAGGAAGCCCAGGAAAAUCUGCUUUGGAGCACGGCAGCACCGGGGUAUCGAGGAGACCGAGGAGGACCAGGAGGAUGAUCCCAUGAUCUAUGAAGUGCCAGAGAUCGAGCCCCCUAAAAGGCCUCGGGAUCCACUGCAACCCGCACCCAGACCCAAAAUCCGGCAUGAUGGACGCAAACGCAUUCGAGACGAGGGUUUGAUGAGGGUCUAUGCUUUGCAGCUGGUGACCCGCACGGUGCUAGAGGCGGGCUUCCUUGCAGGCCAGUACUUGCUGUACGGAUUCCGUGUGAUGCCGGUGUUCGUGUGCUCGAGGCAGCCUUGUCCUCACAGCGUUGACUGCUUUGUGUCGCGGCCUACAGAGAAGACCAUCUUCCUGCGUAUCAUGUAUGGCGUCACUGUCCUCUGCCUCACGCUCAAUAUUUGGGAGAUGCUCCAUUUGGGGAUUGGCUCCAUCUGUGACAUUCUUCGCCGUCGGCGCUGCCCCCCUCAGGAGGACGAGUACCAGUUGGGUUUACUUGGCACCAACGGAGGUGUGGAGGGCUCUGUCGGGGGACCAGGGCCCGAGGCAACUUCUGAGGGAGGGGUGGGUGGAGAUGGGGCUGCUGAUUACGUGGGUUACCCCUUCUCGUGGAACACUCCAUCUGCUCCACCUGGCUAUAACAUUGUGGUCAAACCUGAGCAGAUGCCCUACACAGACCUCAGCAACGCCAAAAUGGCGUGCAAGCAGAACCGGGCAAACAUUGCCCAAGAGGAGCAGCAGCAGUUUGGCAGCAAUGAGGAUAAUUUCCCCACUGGAGGGGAGGCCCGUGUGGCCCUGAACAAAGACAUGAUCCAGCAAGCUCACGAGCAACUGGAGGCGGCCAUCCAGGCGUACAGUCAGCAGCACCGAGCGGAGGAGCAGCUCGGGGACAACCAGGACGACAAGCCACAAAGUAACAUCAUCCAGGCCCAACCUCAGCCACAGUCGCAGCCUCAGAAAGAGCGCAAGCAUAAAUUCAAACACGGCAAAGGGGGCAGCAGCGGAGGAGGCAGCAGCAGCAACAGCAGCAGCAGCAAAUCAGGAGAGGGAAAACCCUCCGUAUGGAUUUAACCCCAGAGUGACAUGUAUUAAACCGUGUGUAUAUAUUACGAUAGAUGUUGGAUGAUGAGCUGUUGCAAUCUUUCUUGGAUAUUUAAACACCGCUAUGCCUUAAAGAAUCCUGCAAGCUGGA